CUUCUGAUUUUCUCCUUCAUGGCCGCCCACAGAGCUCGCAAGCCUUACAGUCGGCCGGCACCGCCACGGCGAAACAUCGACGACGCAUGGGUCCACGACAUGGCUGACGGCGCCAAGAACACACCAGCCUCCCGCAUAACGAACAGACAGAGUCAGAGUACCUCCUCUGUGCCUACCGCGACAUUGGCAGUCAACAACCUACACUACGAAAUCACUCCAAAAGACCUCAUCGCCAUUUUCGGUCAAAUAGGCACGCUCGUUGGCGAGCCGCGGAUCAGGUAUGACCGUAGUGGACGUUCCUCUGGCACGGCAUUUGUCUCCUUUGAGACUGUCGGCGAAGCAACCCGCGCCAAACGCCAGUAUGACGGUAUCCUCGCAAAAGGUCAACCUAUGACUAUCGCCUUCGAUGCUCCGCCUCGUUCAAGAUCAGUCAGCGCUCCAAGUACCUCAACUCUGCUCAGUAGGAUCCAAAAACCCCCGCUUCUUGACCGUCUUAGCAAAGAUGAUUUGAAUGUAAAAGCCCCGCGUGGCAAUGGGAUUGGUCCGAUUCGCAAUCGUGGAGGACGUGGCAAGCCGCCUACCGCAGCAAGGCCGGCCAAAAAGGUGCCAAAGACUGCCGAAGACUUGGACAAAGAGCUGGAUGCAUUCAUGUGCGAUGAUGCUACACCAUCUUCAACCGAUGCAGCCCCCCCUUCGGCACCUGCCACCCAAGAUGUUGAGAUGGCUUAG